GCGGCGGCGGCGGCGGCUCCCUGAGAGGCGGGAGAGCGCUUCUCGUCCAAAAAAAAGGAAACAAUAUAUAUUUUAAUUUUUUUGUUAAUUCUUCGCGGUGCGGCGGCGGGCGGCAUGGGGCUGCCGGCGCUGGAAUUCAGCGAGUGCUGCCUGGACAGCCCGCAGUUCCGGGAGCGGCUCCGCUCGCACGAGGCCGAGCUGGAGAAGACCAACAAGUUCAUCAAGGAGCUCAUCAAGGACGGGAAGUCGCUCAUCGUCGCCCUCAAGAAUCUGUCGUCGGCCAAGCGCAAGUUUGCAGAUUCCCUCAAUGAAUUCAAGUUCCGCUGCAUCGGCGAUGCUGAAACAGACGAUGAGAUCUGCAUAGCCAAGUCUCUGCAGGAGUUUGCCACAGUGCUGCGGAACCUGGAGGAUGAGCGGAUGCGGAUGAUUGAGAACGCCAGCGAGGUGCUGAUCACACCGCUGGAGAAGUUCCGCAAGGAGCAGAUUGGUGCUGCUAAGGAUGCCAAGAAGAAAUAUGACAAGGAGACUGAGAAGUACUGUGGUGUCCUAGAGAAGCACUUAAACUUGUCUUCCAAGAAGAAGGAAUCCCAGCUCCAGGAGGCAGACAGCCAGGUGGACCUGGUUCGGCAGCAUUUCUACGAGGUCUCCCUGGAGUAUGUCUUCAAGGUGCAAGAGGUCCAGGAGAGGAAGAUGUUUGAGUUUGUGGAGCCUCUGCUGGCCUUUCUGCAAGGGCUUUUCACCUUCUACCACCACGGCUAUGAGCUUGCAAAGGACUUCAGUGACUUCAAGACAGAGCUGACCAUCAGCAUCCAGAAUACGAGGAAUCGCUUUGAAGGAACGAGGUCAGAGGUUGAAUCGCUGAUGAAGAAGAUGAAGGAGAAUCCUCACGAGCACAAAAACAUCAGUCCUUAUACCAUGGAGGGGUAUCUCUACGUCCAGGAGAAACGUCACUUUGGGACCUCCUGGGUGAAGCAUUACUGCACGUACCAGCGGGAAUCCAAGCGGAUAACCAUGGUGCCAUUUGACCAGAAAUCUGGAGGAAAAGGGGGAGAGGAUGAAGCCGUUAUCCUGAAAUCUUGCACACGACGGAAAACCGACUCCAUUGAGAAGAGGUUCUGCUUUGAUGUGGAAGCCGUGGAUCGGCCCGGCGUGAUCACCAUGCAGGCGCUUUCGGAGGAGGACCGAAGGCUUUGGAUGGAGGCAAUGGACGGCCGGGAGCCGGUCUACAACUCGAACAAGGACAAUCAAAGCGAAGGCACUGCCCAGUUGGAUAAUAUCGGCUUCAGCAUAAUCAAGAAAUGCAUACACGCUGUUGAAACGAGAGGGAUCAAUGAGCAAGGACUCUACAGAAUUGUUGGAGUAAACUCUAGAGUUCAAAAGCUGUUGAGUAUAUUAAUGGAUCCAAAAACUGCCACUGAAACCGAAACUGAGAUCUGCGCAGAAUGGGAGAUAAAGACCAUCACCAGUGCCCUGAAAACGUACCUGAGAAUGCUUCCAGGGCCGCUCAUGAUGUACCAGUUUCAAAGGAGCUUCAUCAAAGCAGCAAAACUGGAGAAUCAGGAAUCCAGGGUGUCAGAGAUCCACAGCCUUGUUCAUCGGCUCCCGGAGAAAAACAGGCAGAUGCUGCACUUGCUCAUGAACCACUUGGCAAAAGUUGCAGAUAACCACAAGCAGAACCUGAUGACUGUUGCUAAUCUGGGUGUGGUGUUUGGGCCGACGCUGCUUCGACCCCAGGAGGAAACAGUCGCUGCCAUUAUGGACAUCAAGUUUCAGAAUAUUGUGAUUGAAAUUUUAAUAGAAAACCAUGAGAAGAUAUUUAACACCGUGCCGGAGACGCCGCCGUCGAACUCGCAGCUGCUGCUGUCCCGCAAGAAGAGCGCAGACUCGAAGCCCCCGUCGUGCAGUGAGCGGCCGCUCACCCUGUUCCACACCGCGCAGCACAACGAGAAGCAGGAAAACAGGAACAGCAUCAUCAACUCCAGCCUGGAAUCCGUCAUCUCUUCAAAUGUAAACAGCUUCCUCAACUCCAACAGCGCGCCUCAAUCCAACCUGAACUCAAGUGAUCUCGAACUAGAAGUAAUUAAACCCAACAGGCCAAACUCACUGAAGAGCCCCUUGCAAAGCCCUCAAGAGUAAGAAGAAGGGAAAAAACAGAUGACAUUUGCUUUCUGCAGACAACAGGCAGCAGCCAGCAAUUCCAAAAAGCCCGUCACCACCGCUGCUAUUCCCAUGAGAAAGAGAAAGGAAAUGGGAUCUUACAAAAAAAAAACAAAAAACCAAAACACAAAAAAAAGACAUGUUCCAAAAUACAGAGGCCUCAUUGCUCUCAUCAGUGCGCUCACUUCUCCGGUGGGAUCAGACGUAGCCCAUGCUGUGGCGUGGUUCAGUGGGGUGACAUUGAGCAGGAGCUGUGGAACUGAACGCUGGGGUUUCCCUGGAAGGAGCUGAGCCUUCAGAGAUCGUCUGCUCAGCAGGGCAGCCCCAGAGGGCCCUGCAAAACCUUCUGUUCUUCUGGAGGGAACCACUCACAGCACCACGUUCAUCUCUUCUGGGAGUAACCUGAUUGAAGCAGGAUGGUCUUCAUCCUCACAGACCUGCGUGCUGUUACUAAUGAUGUAUCUCUCUUGCUUGGUGGGCAUGGAGAGUGUUUUCUUUGCCAUGAGGAAUCCAAAGAUACCAAAACCCCAGUCCAAAUUUUGGAUAGCUUCGUAGCUGGUGGCUGGCUGGAGAGCCAGGCUCUUGCUGUAAGACUUUUCUGUGGCAGCAUCACAGAGGCAGUUUUCCUGUGCCCCACAGUCAGUGCAGCAGGCUGAGCUGUUGGGUGGCAGUGAUGAAGCUGACCUACAGGUUGCAAGCACUGCACUCUUUUACAGUGAUCCCAUCUCAAGAAGGGGACUUUCUUGUCCCAUUGCCUCGUAGCUGGGUGUCCUGGCAGGGUCACUGCUGGCUGUGCUGUGGGGCAGGCACUCUGCCCUGGGUUUGCUGUCAUGGCACAGCUUGGCUGUGUUUUGGCCACUGAGUCGCCUGCAGGUGUUCAGUGGGGCGGAAUCUCACUGCAGCAGGGGUUGGAGGUGAAGGGAAAGCCCCGUGUGGAGCUGAUAGCUGGCACCUCUGGGAAGAGCUCAGUGGGAUUACCAGGACGGAGGAGCCUGCACAAAUGGGAGCCGUGGGGAGAUGAGGCGCAGCUGCAGCCCCAGGCAAAACCCACCCUGGCAGCUGCCAGCUGUGCUCCAGAUGUGUUGUAACUCAGCCAUGUGCAGCCAGCAGGCACUGCAUGCAGGUAUGAUGUGCAGCAGGCUUUGGUUUCCAAACUGCAGCUCCUUGUGCAGCACCAACAGUGCACGAGGGGUUCUAGGUGCCAACACCCACAGGAGCACAUUCUCCAUGUCUUCAAAUGAAUUUAACGUGCUCUCUCCAUUAGAGGGCAGAAGCAUGCUUGUGCACAGAUAAAACAAAACAAAUGUACGUGCCCUAUGUGCUAUCUAAGUUGUUGUGCUAAGGGAAGGUAGAACACCGUCACACUCUUCCAGCCAACCUCACCUGGUGGGAGGAAAAGGCAGCAGGGAGAAGUGGGGCCUUAAGGGUUAACCUCUGCGACUGGGGAUCGCUGGGUGCUCCAUGUAGCACCUCCUCCUGUUUGAAGCUGGAAAUAGAUUUGUGCUAUGGUAAGUACAAAUGUCUCUCAGGUUUGUUAAGGACCAGCCAACGCAGGUAAAUACUCCUCUUGCAAUUUUAGUAGAAAAGUGCAGAAGGAUUUGCUUCUGAAUAUUGGUAACUAGGAGGUGAACAUCUGGAGGAUUUCUCUUAAUAGUCUGCAGUUUUACAGCGCUUGGUGAAGGUUGUGCUGCACUGCUGUAUUUCAGCCCUAUGCUCAUGUAAAGCUCUGCAGAAAUAAAGGCAUUGCCCAUAACCAUGUGGGGAAA